AUGCAGUUGCAGUGGGGAGAGCCGUCGUGCUGCGCCGCGGUGGUGGCUGGCCUCAUCGGCCAAUGCGGCUACUCCACUGCCUUGAGCUCCCAGAGGUUGGCCAGGAAGGUGGCCGUGAUCACCGGCGCCGCUAGCGGCAUUGGCAAGGCGACAAUGGUGGAGUUCGUCAGGAACGGCGCCAAGGUCGUCCUCGCAGACGUCCAGGACGAUCUGGGCCGUGCCCUGGCGGCUGAGCUCUGCGCCGACUCCACGUCGUACAGCCGCUGCGACGUCAACGACGAGGCGCAGGUCGCCGCGGUGAUCGACCUUGAUGUGGCCUGCCACGGCAAGCUGGACAUCAUGCUCAACAACACCGGCAUCAUGGGCUCGUUGGCGCAGCCCGAGCUGGGCGCGCUUGACCUCGCGGACUUCGACGCCGUCAUAGCGAUCAACAACUGGGCGUCAUGGCCGGGGUCAAGCACGUGGCCUGCGCCAUGGCGCCGCGCCGCACGGGCAGUAUCAUCUGCACGGCCAGCAUCGCCGCUGGAGCAGCGAGCCAUGCCCUGCGUCGCCAAUGGUUUGUCUUUUUUUCUGGAGAAGACAGUGUACACGAGGAUACGUUGGUGGCGAGGUGGGUUCCCGGUGGGCUAAACGGGAUAGUCCACUUAAUUAUUUUGUUGUCCCACGGGUGCCCACCAAGGUGAUUAAGUGGGAUGGGCUGACAAGACACUUUCAUGAGAGAUGAG